AAAGCUCUCCGUGUUUGGGCAUGGGCUCGGUUUUAUGCCUGCAUUAAUUCCUACACGGCCCUUUUUCACCAUCGCCUUACGCUAAGGGUAGGGGGUGUGCAUAGGCAGAAAUUAACCUGUGCUUAAAACUUUCUUUAGUGAAAGUUCAUACUUACCCUUUUUUGUGUUUUAAGUAUCUUUCCAUUCGCUUAUUUAAAGCGUGUGGAAGCAUUUUUUCAAUCGCUUAUUUUUCAUCAUAAUAAAGACAACUUAACUUCAUCCAAGAUGAUCGACACAGUAACAGGACCUGGAGCACAGCCCUUUGCAGUUCAGCUAAAGGCCCUGACAGAUCUGGAGGGCCGAUACCAACCAAAGCUCAGCGGCUUGAGGCUCAUCGAGAGCUCCCAGGACAAUGGCCUCAGGAUGACCACCAGACGGAGGGAGCUGGAGGUGAAGGACCUGCUCUCUUUGACCAGGUUCUUUGGUUUCAGCUCAGAGACCUUCUCACUGGCCAUCAGUUUGUUAGAUCGAUUCCUCUCUGUAAUGAAGAUUCAGCCAAAGCACCUGUCCUGCGUGGGCUUGUGCUGCUUCUACAUUGCCGUGAAGUCCGCAGAAGAGGAGAAAAAUGUGCCUCUAGCCAACGAACUGAUCCGCAUCAGUCAGAAUCGCUUUACAGUGUCUGACAUGAUGCGGAUGGAGAAGAUCAUCAUGGAGAAGCUCUACUGGAAGGUGAAGGCCCCCACAGCCCUCCGCUUCCUCCGUCUCUUUCACAGCCACAUCCAGGAGCAGCUCGACGCUGAGAGCAAGAAGAUACUGAGCCUUGAGAGACUGGAGGCUCAGCUGAAAGCCUGUCACUGCUCCUUUGUCUUCUCCAAAAUAAAGCCUUCUCUGCUCGCCAUGGCUCUCCUGUGUUAUGAGGCCCAGGAACAACACGACCCUGAGUACAUCGACAAAAUAUCAGAGGCCCUGGAAAGUCUGCAGCGGCAGCUAAAUAUCAGAGACGGGGACCUAGUUUGUGUGCGGGAGUUGGUUGGAAAAUGUCUGGCUGAAUAUGCCACCACCAGGUGCUCCAAGCCUAACGGCCAAAGGCUUCGCUGGUCUAUUUCGGGAAGAACUGCACGUCAGCUGAAGCAUAGCUACUACAAGAUCACUCAUCUUCCAACCAUACCCGAGUCAGCUUGUUAAACCUGGGGGUACAAACGGGUGAACUUACAUGCUGAGAAAAGUUACAACUGUCUCCAAAUUAUCUUUCUCUGGUUGGAUGUAAUGUUUGGGUGACUUGCAGUAUGGUCACCCAUGUACAGCUCCAGUUAUUUUCCUUACAGAUCUUCAUCGGUGGUGAUGGAUUUCUUUAAGGAAAAGCUAAAAAUGUUACGGCUUUUCUCAACUUUGUUUGCCAUCAUACAUUGAUCAAGCACACGCAUUUUUUUCUUCUUUUUCCUGCCCUAUGACAAGGAGUAAUGCUUCGUCAGAAAGGUUUAUCUGCUGCCAUCCUGGUCGAGUUGCUUGCACAAUUCUAGAGAUUGUCCUUGUUAAAAUCCGUACCACGGUGUUUGGUAUUUCCUGGAACGGGUUGCUGGUUUAAAGCGAAUAAGUAUAGAACCACCUAGGUCCUCAGUCCACCAUGUGGAAGAGGAGGGAGAAGGAUUUUGUGAACAGCAAAAAUGGAACCAAGAUAUCGGGCCCAAAAUCCUUAACUCCCACCCUAGGUUGCUUAACUGUCCUGAAUGCACACUCCUACCCAAGGUGAAGAUUUUUUGUUUUAUUUUGAUACGGCGAGGGAGCUCUGGGUUUCUCCAGAGAAGUGAGGCUACUGACAAAACUGUCAGGUAUAGCUAAUCAUACAGUUUGAGCUGAAAUGUCAUCAGUGGUUACAGAUGAGUUGUUUUCACCAAUUCUUAAUUUGUGUACACAGAGUGAAGUAACACAUGUAUUAAUUGAUUUCAGUUGUCAAUUAUGCAGAGAACACUAAAAAGGUUGUUGCAGUGGAAAUGUGGAUUGGAAUUUGUAUUGCAUUUUCUUUACCAGUUUUCCUGUCGGGUAGAAGUUUCUUUUAGUGACAGAAAUAAAAUGUGUUCUCAAAUUCAAAAUGUCAAAUUCAAUACACCAUCUUGUUAACCUAUGUACUUGUACCUUUCAAUAAAACUUUAUUGAAAAGUUA